AUGGGCAGAAAGUCGACCUCGAGAGUGCGAACAUUGCGCGCCGAUUUGCAGCAUACUAGUAGUGGAUCGUCACGGUGGAAGAGAAGACGCGUCACUGUCCGGGCAGCCUUCUCUCUCUUCCGUAUACUCACCAUGGUUCCCUCCUUCAAACCUUUUACGGUGGCUCUCAUCCAGCUCGGGGAAAUUACUGCCAACAAGUCCAAAAAUCUCAAGCAUGCUCAUGAUAUGAUCCUCAGGGCCACCGCAAACAGCAAGAGACCCGAGCUUAUCGUCCUGCCUGUUGAGUGCUUCAACUCUCCAUAUGGCCACGUCCAUUUUCCCGUUUACGCCGAGAAAAUCGGCUUCAUCGACGGCAAGCGGUACGAUGUUGCGAAUACUGAGAGUGAAAGCGUAAAAAUGCUCUCAAGAGCGGCAAAAUUAACCGAAACGUGGCUUAUCGGAGGCACCAUUCCUGAAAGUGACGGAGACAAUUUGUACAAUACCUGUACAGUAUUUAACCCACAAGGCGAUCUCGUGGCUACUUACCGCAAGAUCCACCUAUUCGACAUCGACAUUCCAGGGAAGAUAACGUUCAAGGCAAGUAACAACAACUCAAGUCCUGGCACGACCAUCAAUUCCUUCGACACAGAGUUUGCCCGCAUCGGGCUUGGAAUAUGCUACGACGUGAGGUUUCCCGAACUGGCAAUGAUUUCCGCCCGCAAAGGUACUCGCGCCGUUACUCCUUCGUCAUCCAACAUCUUUUCAGGCUGUCAUGUCCUCAUUUAUCCUGGCGCGUUUAACACGACCACUGGUCCGCUGCACUGGGAAGUACUUCAAAGAUCACGUGCUGUUGACAACCAAGUAUUCUUUGCUAUGUGUAGUCCCGCACGGGAUUUAACAGCAAAUUACCAUGCGUGGGGCCAUUCCAUGGUUGUAGACCCAAUGGCGAGUGUCCUGGUAGAGGCUGCAGAAGGCGAAGAAAUUGUCUUUGCUGACAUUGACCCUUCUGUGAUGGAGAGCGCCAGAGCAGGCAUUCCAGUCACGAAGCAGCGUCGAUUCGAUGUGUACCCGGAUGUGAGCAAGUAG